UAUGAAGAUUCAAAGUUCAUGAGCUUGCGUUACAAUUGCGGCGGUUACAAAGUGAAGUUGUGGGGUGACUUUAUAUGGAGUUGGGACCUUUGGGGUUGGAGAAAUUCGUCACUCUACUGUAACAGCUGCAAAUUGGUUGGGAACAACCAAGCUAGGUUGGCAAGGGUGGCCAACUUGGAUGGAUUGGUUGGGAAGGGACAAAUGUCAAAGUUGGGGUUCUAUAGGGAGGGAAUCUUUGUGCUUAUGGGGUUUCCUUGGUUGGGGACUCUCUUGGGACCUUCCCUCUCAUCCCUCUCUUCUAUCCCAACCUUUCUCUUGCUCCUCCAAUUCCUUGUGAGAUUCUUGAACUUUGAUAGAACUUUUGAGAUUGAGUUAAGUUCUCCUCCUACAGCUUACCCCCUAGUGCGUCGAAAGCCAUAGUGUCGCGAAUACUUCAUCAAUCCCCGUGAUUCAAAUUGAGAAUGGUAGCUAACAUUAUCAGCUACAACAUAUCCGAGUUUCGUGACAUUCCAACGACUAUGGUAUCAGAGCGAUAUUAAGGACAUUGAGAGGAGUCUACAGAAGUUUGAAGACCCUUCUAGACCCACCAUGGCCUGUGGGUGUGCCUAAGUGGUGUUCUAAAGGUUGGAUGUGUCUUCCGCUAAGGGGAAACUCUGCCGAAAUUUCGUGGACGCCGACACUUGUGAAAAUAUCGAGGGAGCUGAGUGUGGACAGCAAAGGGGAGCUGAAAUUCGUCAUUUCUCAAGGAGAAGAUGAAUGAGAAAGGAGGAGAUGCUAAUGGAAGAGGAGCUGUAGCUGAGAAGACAAGUGAGCCGCCGCCAUCAAAAGUUGAAGCUUUGGAUGGCUCCAACUAUGAGGAAUGGAGCGGUCGGAUGAGGAGUGCCUUCAAACGCUACAAGCUACUGAAGAUUGCUGUUGGGGAAGAGAAGAUACCGGAAGAAGACGAAGCACGUGAACGGUGGAUUGAGAAAAGCGCGGAACUUGCUGCCAUCUCCAUGCGACAAGGGGACGAUGUGAAGCCGGUCCUUGACAAGAUCAAGGACACCUAUGCAAGGAUGGCAGCAGCGGGCAGCAGUGUAUCUCAGCUGCAGCAAUGCACCAAGAUCAUCUCGGUGUUGGACAACACUUGGGACAACCUCAUCCCCACUCUCAACUCUCAGCAAGAUCAAUGGACACCUGAGUGGCUAAGGCAGCAGAUUUUGCAGGAGGACUUCCGCAGACGCCAUGUGGGAGGUGCAGCGUCAGGUGCUUUGCUCCCUGUCAUUGGUGUUGGGAAUGCCAAGGUUAAGGGAGCUAAUGGGGAGCUUGUGGGGCUUGGGAAUGUUCUGCUGGUUGAAGGUUUGUCUGCUAACCUUCUCUCUGUGCGGCGACUGCAGAAGAGCAAGGCCGAAGUGACCUUUGGACCAACCAGCUGCCGUGCUAAGCUUGGGAAGAAGGUGUUGUGGAGUCUGGAAGAGGAGACCAGCUGCAUCAAGGACCUAUGGCAGCUGCCCAUCAUCCCUUGGAAUGGGAAGACUCCAACGGCAGCAACGGCAGCAGCGGCAAAGGCAACAGCAGGAGGAGAUGCAACUACACCAACUGAUGGGGUCCUGGAAGCAGUCAAGAAAGUGCAGCAGCAGCAGACACAUGGUGAGGUGCUUGCUGGUGUGGAUGUGAGUGCGGCAUGGGCUAAGGCUUCAUCAAGGAGUGGUGAGGCCGAUUGGGAGACAUGGCAUGAGAGGCUGUGUCAUGUGAACUUCCCUAUACUGCAGAAGUUGGUGAAGGAUGGGAGCCUGAAGGGCUUGGAGGUGAAAGGGGGAGUGAAGGAGAUUGGGAGCUGCCCUACAUGCUUGGAGACCAAGUUCUCCAAGUUCCCCUUCAACAGCACUACAGGACCAGCCAAGACCCCACUUGCACUUGUGCACAUGGAUGUGGUGGGGCCCACAAGAGCCCCUUUCCUCUCAGGCAGCCGCUAUUUCUUGACAAUUGUGGAUGACCACACUCGGGCAGUGUGGGUUUACCCUUUGAAGAGCAAGGGGGAGGUGGCAGCGGCUGUCCUUAAGGAGUGGAUGCCUAGAGCUCAGAGGGAAUGCGGACACAAGGUGAAGGUGAUCCGCAGUGACAAUGGUGAGGAGUUCAUUGGAGCUGAUUUUGAGGGAGAGUUGAAGAGGAAGGGGAUCCAACAUCAACUGACAGUGCCCUACAACCCGCAGCAGAAUGGCGUGGCUGAGAGGUUCAACAGGACCUUGCAGGAGGGGGCACGCACUCUCCUUGGGCGUGCAGGGCUGCCUGAUCCGUUUUGGGUGUCUGCACUGAGGCAGGUCGCCCUUGUGAAGAACAGGGUGCUGGCUACAGUUGGGGAUAAGGAGUGGAUCCCAUAUACCAAGUGGUAUGGGAGUGCUCCAGCUGUGAACAUGCUGAGGGCAUUUGGGUGCAUGGUGGUGUUUCAUGUGCCUAAGGAGAAAAGGGGGAAGUUGGAGGCUUCUGGAAGAUGGGGUGUGCACUUGGGGAUUGCAAAGGAUCACAAGGGAUGGCUGCUAUGGGACUUGACCACCCAGAAGCUGACAGUGUCAAGGGAUGUGAAGUUUCUUGAGUCCCUGUACUACAAGGAAUGGAAGCAGCAGCAACAGAAGCUUCCAUCUACACCGCUAAUUGUGGAGGCAGAUGAGUUGCAGCAGCCUUCAAGGCAGGUGGAGGUUGCAGUGUCUGAGGAGGAGAUGUCUGGGGUGACUGAAGAAGGGGGAGCAGCUGAAGUGGAGCAGCAGCAGCAGCAGCAGCAUGAGUCUCCACCUCGAGUUCCACACCCGCCUGAGCGACCUAGGAGGGAUGUGCGCCCUCCUGUGAGGCUGACCUAUGGGGGAAGAGGCAAGCCGAAUGUGGUGCAGGCUGGGAGUGUGGUUGAGCAGAUUAAGGAAGAUGAGAUCGCUCACUGCUACUGGGCACCAAUCCCUGAGCCCAAGACUCGAGAGGAGGCCUUGAAUGGACCAAAUGGGGAGAAGUGGAAGGCGAGUGAGGAUGAGGAGUUCGGGUCCCUGAUUGAGAACGAGACAUGGGACCUGUGUGACUUGCCUCCUGGGAAGAAGGCAAUCACUUCCAAGAUGAUCUACAGGCACAAGUAUGGACCUGAAGGGGAGCUGACCCGCUACAAGUCUAGGCUUGUGGCACGGGGGUUUCAGCAGACAAAGGGGAAGGACUAUGAUGAGGUGUUUGCUCCUGUGGGGAAAGGAACAACACUGAGGGUGCUGUUGGCGAUAGCUGCACUCCUGGGAUGGAAGAUUCGGCAGAUGGACAUUGUGACAGCCUUUCUGAAUGGGAUCAUUCUGGAGGAGGUGUACAUGAAGCAGCCAGAGGGGCUGGAUGAUGGGAGCGGCAGGGUCUGCAGGCUAAAGAAGGCCAUUUAUGGCCUUAAGCAGGCGCCUCGUGCAUGGUAUCACAAGUUGGAGGAGGCGUUGUUGGCUGGGGGUUUCAAGAAGAGUGAGUGUGACCCCAGCCUGUUCCUGCUGCAGGAGAAGGAUGAAAUCCUCAUGCUCUUGGUGUAUGUGGAUGAUAUCCUUCUCUUUUCUGCAUCAACUGCUUUGCUGGACAGCGCAAAGCAGAUGCUGGAGAUGCAGUUCAAGUGUUCCAAGAUGGGUGAGAUGAAGUACUACCUGGGGAUGCAUGUGGAGAGAGAUGUGGAAAAGGGUGUGCUGAGGUUGCACCAGAGGAAGUACUGUGAGGGGCUGGCUGAGAAGUAUGGGCUGCAAGAUGGGGGAAAGCCAGCAACACCACUACCUUCGGGGUUUACUGUGGAGCCAUGUGCUGAUGAGGAGGUAGUGGGUGAGAGUGACAGGAAGCUGUUUCAUUUGAUGGUUGGGUUGCUAAAUUAUGCUGCAAAUCAUACACGGCCUGACAUUGCAUUUGCUACAUCACGGUUGGCUAGUGUGGUCUCACGCCCUAGUCAUGAGCAGCUGGAAGCGGCCAAGAGGUUGGUCCGCUAUGUGAGCGCUACUGCAUCAGUGGGAUUGGAGUACAGUGGAGUGAGGCAGCGGUUGCAGAGAGGUGCUGCAGAUGUGAAGAGUGGAGAGAUGCUCUUGAGUUGCUAUACUGACGCUAGCUUCAACUCAGUGAAAGCGGAUGGCACCAGCAUUGGGGGUUAUGUGUGCUUGCUGGGAGGUGGUGCUGUGAGCUGGCGCAGCAAGAAGCAGAAUGAGGUGGGAUUGUCCUCAUGUGAGACUGAGUACAUGGCCUUACACCAUGGGGCCAAGGAAGUGGUGUGGCUGAGGCGCUUGUUGGAGGAGUUGGGAGUUGGUCAGGAGGAGCCGACAGUUGUGUUCUGUGACAAUGAGUCUGCAGUGAAGCUGGCCAAGAAUGCUUGUCUGCAUGGGCUGACAAAACACAUAAGGCCUAAGUGGCAUUGGGUGAGAAGACUCCUUGAUAAGGAGGUGUGGCUGGAGAUAGUGAAGACCCAUCAGCAAGCAGCAGAUAUUUUCACUAAGCAUCUGGCAGAGGCGGAUCAUUGGAAGGGCAUGAAGCUUGCUGGGAUGAGUGUGCAUUGAGUAUGCAUGCUUGAGAUGUUGUGAAGUUGUGGGGUGACUUUAUAUGGAGUUGGGACCUUUGGGGUUGGAGAAAUUCGUCACUCUACUGUAACAGCUGCAAAUUGGUUGGGAACAACCAAGCUAGGUUGGCAAGGGUGGCCAACUUGGAUGGAUUGGUUGGGAAGGGACAAAUGUCAAAGUUGGGGUUCUAUAGGGAGGGAAUCUUUGUGCUUAUGGGGUUUCCUUGGUUGGGGACUCUCUUGGGACCUUCCCUCUCAUCCCUCUCUUCUAUCCCAACCUUUCUCUUGCUCCUCCAAUUCCUUGUGAGAUUCUUGAACUUUGAUAGAACUUUUGAGAUUGAGUUAAGUUCUCCUCCUACAGCUUACCCCCUAGUGCGUCGAAAGCCAUAGUGUCGCGAAUACUUCAUCAAUCCCCGUGAUUCAAAUUGAGAAUGGUAGCUAACAUUAUCAGCUACAACAUAUCCGAGUUUCGUGACAUUCCAACGGCUUGUUUUUUGUCGACGUCGUUUCUUGUGAAGACGACUUUUCUGUCCAGAAUUUCGGAUUUAUAUUUUGAGUAAUUCUAGCUCCUAAGUUCACCUAGACUCCGUCCUUAAUCCUAACAGUCCUGUACGCUGACAACAAGGCAAUGAUACUCCUGUGUCAGAAGCCUCGGCUUGAGGGCAGAGCAAAGCAUAUCCAGCUGCGGUACUUCCUCCUGCGCGAGUUACAGCAGCGCCGCCAGGCCCGCGUAGUUCACUUGGCCUCAGGUGCCAACAAAGCUGAUAUCUUUACUAAGGCGCUUGCGCCUAAAGAUCAUCAGCGGCACUGUGUACAGCUUGGUCUUGUUCCUGUAGCUACUCAGCUGUUAGGAUCCUGAUUGUGUACUCUCUAUUAUAUAUACCUGUCAGACUGGCCUUGUGGCCUUACCUCCAGUGGCUGGACUAGUAGUGCCGCCCUGGCUUGCUUUAGUCUUGUUUGUACUCUUGCUGACUGGUCUCCAGACCCCUGCCUCAGUGGUUGAACUAGUAGUGCCACCCUGAGCUGUUUGCUUCUUGCUUAGCCUCACCCCUUGUCUAGCCUAGGGGGUGUGUCAACUUAUACAUAUUAGCUAUGUAGAAGUUAUAGGCUAGACUGAGGUAUGCUCCUAGUGAGUACAACCAACUAGUAUUUGUUCUAGGUUUCUCCUUCUAGUUC